CCCGACACGCCUGCCAACUUUCUUGCAUUGGGUGACUUUGCCAGCGCUGCCAAUAAAGCCGAAACCCCAUCCGGCUAUCAACAGACAUUCGUCAACCAACAAGCAUCGAACAACGCGAAUGGCUACCUUGGGUACACUACUCUUCCUACCUAUGAUGUCGCCAGCUGCUCCAAAAAGUGCGAUUUCAUCGUCGGCUGCCAAGCCUUCAACAUCUACUUCGAGCGCGAUCCAAAGGUAGAGCCAGGCAGUGGAGACAACUGCGACAAUCCUCCUAGCACUACCAAUAUCAAAUGUUCGUUCUGGGGUGGCCCAGUGACCAAGGAGAACGCAGUGAACACUGGACAGUGGCGCAAAAACUUCCAGAUCGUUAUCGCCGGAUCCAAUGGCUACGUCAACAACGCCAUUGCCCCGAUCCCCAACUACAAAUCAGCCGCCUACUACGGCAACAGCAUCGUCGUGCCUCCAACCACCGACUGCUCUUCCAACAACCCCACUCUUGCCUGGCAGCUCUACAACGACGGCACUCCGUUCUCUGCAUCUAGAUGUGCAGCAGCCUGUGAUGCCUACUCUGCUCAAGCCCAAGCCAAUGCCACGGCUGCUGGUACCACCAACCCUGUACUGUGCAACUACUUCAACACGUUUAUCCUCAACAAGGGCAAACAGGCUCUGGGACAGAUGUGUUAUCUAUACAGCCAACAAUUCAAGUCGAGCAGGGCUACAGCAAAGACACAGAUCGAUAGUGCAGGGAACGCGUAUACGUACUCCUUCAGUUAUGGCUUUGCGAGAUCAAACGCGGUUGGUAGUUGU